UGGUCGCUACAUCUCGUCGGUAUGACAUCAUAACCUGAUUCCUGUCAACUUUAUUAACGUUUAAUAUCUCGCGUCGCGGGGCAGAGCGCGACGCUUUUUUCUGUCAGAUUCGGUCGUUUCACGCAAAAACGCGUUGAUAUUGGAGCACCAUACCCAUAAACUAACGUGUCAACAUGGACAACUCGGAAAUUAACGGUUUAAUCGAAGAGAUCCAACUCGACAAAAACCAGUAUGAUGGGGAGAAUAUUCGAGAUUCGCGAGAAGAAGUCGAUGAUAACCCACAUGGUGACGAGGAGCAGCGAGAAAAAUUGAUACGACUGCCCCUGGGAAGAAUAAAGACUAUUGUUAAAAUGGACCCCGAAGUCAGUUUGAUUAAUCAAGAGGCUGCGUUUCUGGUGGCGAAGUCAGUGGAAUUUUUUAUCGAGUCGCUUGCAAAAGAAGCUUAUAAAUACACUGCGCAAGCGAAGAAACGAACUGUUCAAAAGCGUGAUGUAGAAAAUGCCAUUGAUAACGUGGAUGCGCUUGUAUUUUUGGAAGGUAUGCUUGAUUAAUCACAUAACGUGAUUAAUGUCUGUUAUAGAAUUAAACACAUCAAGAUCUUUCUUUUUAUUGCUGGUACAAUAAUAAAAAUGAGUGAUGUUUUUAGAUGCAUGAGCAUUGAAUAUUAUCAAUCGCGUUGCGAGAUUUUCAAUAUUGUAUAUAAUUUUAAUACGAUAUAGUAAAUAGGAAAAUUUUUGUAAAUGUCUCAUGCUAAUAAAAUUGACUAUUCCAUUG